GGCCAAAUUGCAAUAAAAAGAAAAUAAAAGGAGUCACCCCAACAACCACAACACAAAGUUUUUUCAACCGUUCUUUCUUUGUCCCAACGCCGAAACUCUCUGCUACUCCAUUUUAGCUGAGAAAAAUAUGCAAGCUACACCUCUCUUUUAUCCUCCAUUGAAAAACCCAAACCUUAAACCAUUGUAUUUUCGUUACUCUUCAACUUUUUCCACCAAACCGCCAUUGCCAUAUCUCGGUUUCCCUCGUUUCCCUUCUAAAGUCCAUCGUUUCAUCAAGAACUGCAUUGUUUCUAGCCAUGAACUAUCCCAUCUCGACACUGAAAUCACAGCACAAAAUGGUGGGUUUCCGUUGUGCGACCGAGUAAAUGAAGGAGAAGAUGAUAAAAUGUUGGGAACCCAAAGUUUAUGGAGUCAAAUUAAGGAGAUAGUGAUGUUUACGGGACCUGCAACUGGUCUUUGGAUUUGUGGGCCAUUGAUGAGCUUAAUUGAUACUGCGGUUAUUGGUCAAGGAAGCUCCAUUGAGCUUGCUGCUUUAGGGCCUGGAACAGUUCUAUGUGAUUAUAUGAGUUAUGUAUUUAUGUUCCUUUCUGUCGCUACUUCCAAUAUGGUUGCCACUUCCCUUGCUAGAGAGGAUAAAAAUGAAGUACAGCACCAGAUUUCUGUCUUACUUUUUGUUGGUUUGACUGGUGGCUUAUUCAUGCUUUUCUUUACUAAAUUUUUUGGUUCAUGGGCACUAACAGCUUUUACGGGGCCGAAUAAUGCUCAUAUUGUACCAGCCGCAAACACGUAUGUUCAGAUUCGUGGUUUGGCAUGGCCUGCAGUUCUUGUUGGAUGGGUUGCUCAAAGUGCAAGUCUCGGCAUGAAAGAUUCUUGGGGACCUUUAAAGGCCUUGGCUGUUGCUAGUGCUGUAAACGGAAUUGGGGAUAUAGUACUCUGCAGCUUCUUAGGCUAUGGCAUAGCUGGUGCUGCUUGGGCAACAAUGGUGUCACAAGUUGUUGCUGGUUACAUGAUGAUCACUUCUUUAAACAAGAAAGGAUAUAAUGCAUAUACCAUCUCCAUUCCGUCCCUCGAUGACCUUCAAACAAUUUCCGGACUUGCUGCCCCGGUGUUCAUAAUGAUGAUGGCAAAGGUAGCUUUCUACGCACUCAUUAUCUAUUUCGCGACAAAUAUGGGCACACACACGGCGGCCGCUCAUCAGGUCAUGAUCCAAACCUAUUGUAUGUGCACCGUAUGGGGUGAGCCGUUAUCCCAAACCGCACAGUCAUUUAUGCCGGAAUUGCUUUACGGUAUCAACAAAAAUUUACCGAAGGCUCGAACGCUGCUAAAAUCACUUGUCAUCAUCGGAGCUAGCCUUGGACUGAUAUUGGGUAUAGUUGGAACAUCAGUUCCUUGGUUGUUUCCCAAUAUCUUCACAUCCGAUCGGAAGGUCAUACACGAGAUGCACAGAGUGUUGGCACCGUAUUUUGUCGCGCUAGCCGUGACACCGGCUACUCAUAGCCUCGAAGGAACAUUGUUGGCAGGACGAGACCUUAAAUUUGUAAGCUUAUCAAUGAGCGGAUGCUUCUCGUUGGGUGCCGUUGUACUACUGCUGGUAAGCAGCGGAGGAUACGGUUUGUCGGGUUGCUGGUAUGCACUCCUAGGAUUUCAAUGGGCUCGGUUUUUCCUCUCUCUGCAACGCCUUCUUUCUCCUACCGGCAUACUUCACUAUGAAGAAUCGAACGAUUGUAAACCGGAGAAGCUAAAAGCUGCUUAGUGUAUCAAUUUUUGAGAUCAAUCAGAGUAUAGUUAACUUAUACUCCCUCUGUCUCGGUAAAACUGUCACAGUUGGGUCAAAAUUUUUAAACUUUGACCUCAAUUAUUUUAAAUAUUUUAACCAAUUAAAUUUUAUAAAAAUAUAUUCGAAAACUAUUUUAUUUUU